GCCGCACAAUCAACACCGAACCAGAAAUGUUCCCAUGGGCGAGGAAGCAGACAGGGUUGCUUCUAGCACCGAUUUCCGCACAAAUUUUGCGAGUUAGUGGUCGCUGGCAUCUCACCAGGGCUUGGGCUACGGAGCAUGCCUUCAUCUGUAGAAGUCAGGAAGGCGGAUAUAAGAAUUUGUGGGGAAAAGCUGAGGCCUCGAGGACAUUGUACGUGGAGGCUGCGACUCUUCAACGCUGGACCUUCCUGGCUCACUUGCACCACACGACGCCCGGAGAGCACGAUGCGUUUUAUUCCGGACCAAAGUGCUGGUGGGACAGUAUCUCGUCAAUAGUAACGGUUGAGGCUGUUUAAGAGAGAUAAGGUUAUCUCGUACGGGAAAGACUAAAACGACCCCCCCCCCCGGUGUCGAUUAGGGGUGUCGAUUGGGGCUGGGGUAUUUAAUUGGCUACCUGAGCUCUUUAAAAAUCUGAAAUUAGAUUUUUCAAUAUAAGUCUAA